AAUCAUUCAAACUUAUCUGAUCCACGCUAUAAAACAUGCCAUUUCUAGCCAUUGCUAGUCUCACUCAAAAAGAUGGAUAAGCGAUGGAGUCUUCAAGGUAUGACUGCUCUUGUAACCGGUGGAGCCAGCGGAAUCGGGUAUGCCAUAGUAGAGGAGUUAGCUGGUUUUGGAGCUAAAAUCCAUGUUUGCGACAUAUCCGAAGUUCUGCUUAAUAAAAGUUUAAGCGAAUGGGAAAGGAAAGGGUUUCACGUGAGUGGCUCAGUCUGUGAUGUUACCUCUCUUUCUGAGAGAGAAACAUUAGUACAAACUGUCGCCUCGCUGUUCGAUGGCAAGCUCAACAUUCUUGUGAACAAUGUGGGAGUAAUUCGUGGAAAGCGAACGUUAGAAUAUGUGAAAGAGGAUUUUGAUUUCCACAUCUCAACAAAUUUGGAACCUGCUUUACAUUUUUGUCAGCUUUCACAUCCUCUACUAAAGGCUUCAGGCUAUGGAAGUAUCAUCUUCAUGUCCUCUGUUACAGGCAUUUUAUCAUUUACCGCUGGAUCCAUUUAUAACUUAACAAAAGCAGCUCUGAAUCAGCUAGCAAGAAAUCUGGCAUGUGAAUGGGCAAAAGACGGCAUAAGAGCCAAUGCUGUUGCACCUAAUGUUAUCAAGACUCCUCUGUCUCAACCUUAUCUUGAUGACGUCAAGUUCAAGGAAGAAUUAUGCGGAAGAACUCCACUCGGGCGGGCUGGUGAGCUGAAUGAAGUUGCAUCACUAGUGGUAUUCUUGUGUCUACCUGCAGCUUCCUAUAUCACAGGUCAAACUAUUUGUGUUGAUGGAGGCCUCACGGUCAACGGUUUCUCCUAUCAAACACAUGCUUAAAAAGACCUUGUCGCGUUUUGUCUGUUUGCCUUCAGUUUUCUCUCUCUAAUAAAAAACUCUCAUUGUCACGUUUUGUAACUUUGUCAAAAUAUAUGAGUUCUUACUUUCAUUGUUGAGAUGCUACUUCUGAAGUUAAUAAAUCUUAAAUGUCCAAUCUAAUUUAAGAUGUAUCGUCGUUUGUUGUUU